UUUACUUCCUACAUUACGUCUCCCAUGGAAACGCACAUCGAGCUUUACGGCUGGACAAAACACACCCAUUACUGACGUAAAACCCCGCCGUGACGUUGCACCCAAAGAUGCUCUGAAAUUCUGCGUACACCUCAAACUUUAGACUAUUGUUGUGUGACUGUGGGAAAAGGAAAAGGAGAUGGCCAAAGGAAAAGCAAAGAUCAACGGGAGUGCUCUACUGCAGCCUCGGUCCCUGAGGUCGAGGAAGAGGGAAUGUCCGAGUGAGGAAAUCUCAGAAACUGUCCAGGCUUCUCGCCAUCAGCAGGACACUGAAGGAAGUACCUCGGCAGUAGAUGCCAAACUGCUUCAGUCCCACCCGACUUCUGUGCAGGAAUCUACUAUAAUUUCAACUCGACAGCAUGAGGCAGAAGGACUCUCCUCUCUCACCAAACAAGACCCUGACACAUAUGAAAAACAUUCAGAAGCAACACGUGUGGAGGUUGAAGCUUUUGAAGAUCAAGAAGAGACAGCAGUCGCCAAUCACAACAAUGUUUCUCAGCCGGAGGAAUUCAAAAGAAAUGCCGGUAAUGAAGGCAACAAUAUUCAAAAGAACCAGGGGGAAAUGACUGCAGAGGAAUGUAACAGAUCACAAACAUGCACCGAUCAACUCCAGGUCUUCUUGGCAAUCUCUGAAGAGGGUGAUAAAUCUGCUUUGGAUGAGCAAAUGGGUGCAAAGGAGAAUUCUCAAUGUGAUUCAGAGAAAAAACAAGAAGCCAUCCAAGCAAGAAGCCGUCCAAGCAAUGUGAACAUGGCUGAUGUCAAGGAACUCACUAAGGAGGCGGCAGCGGGGUUGCCAGCCAAAAAGAAGCGAAGGAUGGGUAUGUGUGGUCUGACGGAGAGAGAGCGAAAUCAUUUUUUGCACACACAAAAAAAUGGGAAUAAAAGACAGGAGAGAGUCGAGAAGAUAACGAUUUGUAAUAACACAGCUGACCUUGUGGCUCAGGAAGAGAUGAUAUCUUCUUCCCCCUUAUCAUCCUCAUCAUCCAUCCCAGCAGGCAGUGUCACAGAACAGGAAGAGCCAGAUAUACAACUUGAGUCCAGUCACUGUGGAAGGCAAGACAGGGAGGAAACAGAGGUCCUCAUUACUGUCACUACCUCAGAUGGGACCAGUGCUGCAUGUGAUCCAAUGGGAGAGAGCUGUGAGGUUGAAGGUGUCAUAGCGCCUGGUCCAGAGCAAACUGCUGACACAAAGUCAGACCCGCCGCCGACAGAGGAGGAAAAGGAAGAGCUUUUGGAGAAUCCGGAUCAGCAGGAACCUGAGGGCAGCGCUGCUGAGAUUCCUGCUGAAAAACCUCAGGAACCCAUAGAAGACGGGGAAGAUGGGUCAGCAGCAGCAGAAGACCAAAGUCCUGCCUUCACUUUAUACUCUAAUCCAACUCAAAAUGAGGAGACUGAGAACGGGGAUGCGAUGGAGGCUGCCGUUCUGCAGGUGAAUAGUGACACCAGGACAAGUGAGAAGAAGGAGGAGCUGACUGGUGGUGCUGGGGACGGAGCUGAGGCAGGUGCUUCACCCACAGACCCCCAGUCAGGAGGAUCAAACACUGUGAAGCUCUGCGAGGCUGCAGCGCUGCCUAGUGGCUCAGAGAGGAAAGACAGCGUGAGUGAUGGAACAAAGGUACAAGUUAAGUGUGAUGGUGAUAAGGAACACAGUGCUGGAUCGACUGAGCCCCUUCAGACCUGGGACACCACCGACCCGUUUGGAUCUGGGUACCUGGAUUACGUUACUGACUCGCAGCUGAACACUAUCAGUCUGAGUGAGGUGGAUGUGAUGGAGGAGGAAGAUCUUGGUUCUCCAGACCAUGAAGAUGCUACAGAGCUGAUCUGUGGGCUCAUCAGAGAACUCUCCUCUCUAAAUCGUAAGGUCAUGGCCACUCACAGAGAUCUGGAGAACCUGCGGCGUAGCAGUAAAACUUCAAGAAGCUCCACACGUUGAGGAGGAAGUCCCUUCCACUAAGAUGUUCAUUGUUGACCCAUGGUUUGUGAGUAAUGAAGGUGUUUGAGUGUACAAAUGUAUCACCGUUUACUGUGUUUUUGUAUCACUGACAGCUGGAUUGUUACAUUUAAAGUCUAAGUUCUUCCCAAAAAUAAAGCGUUGUUAAGUUAGUCUUUAAGUAUUUUUUAGUAUCAUCUGCUAUUGGACAUAGUACACUCAUAGCUAAAUGUUGACAAAGAAUACACACAGAGAUUUUCAUUUACAUAUUUAUAUUUUCUGGCAUACAUUAAUAUUC